CUCAAGGUCCAUACUCACUUUCAUAAGUUAGGCCGUGAAAAAUUGAAUUUCUUCUAAAGUGGCACGUGGAAGUUAACGAAGUUUAACACCUGGUCUCUUCAUUAACGAUCUUAAAAUAAAAGAUUAAAUAUAUUCCUAUUCGGCGAUUGCCAAUGACAUAUUUAGUAUGUUUCAUGAUUAGGCAAGUUAUGUUACAUGUUACAUUCAGAUAUUUAGGCAUGGGUAUUGCAAUUUUCCUAUCACGUGUCGAUUAAAUAACAAUUGUAUCAGAAUUCCUGAAUAUUUGCAAAUAUAGCUUGUAUAAACAAUGUUCUUCUUUGACGAGUGCCAAAGUAAACACUUUCGAUCAUUGAAAUUAAUGUUUUACAUUGGCUUGUAACGAAUGAUUAUAAUUGAUGAGAGUAGAAGUAUUUAACUGCAUCUUCUAUUUAUUUACUGUCAAAUCAAUUGAACAUGUCUAAUUUUAAAGCUAGAUAAUCGAAGUAUUUGCGAGGUUAAUGACUUAUCUCUACGUUAUAACAUGUAAGAUUCGAAAAAGUAUUCUUCAAACAGUUUUUAUAUGGAUUUAAUUCAAUCUCCACAAACAAUCAUACAAUCAUACAGUAAAACUAUUGGAGAUUAUUGAAGCAUACAUACUGUAGUACUGAAUUAGACAUUAAUAAUAUUAUUUAAACUAAUGUUAGUACGUAUUGUAUUCAAGAUACUAUCUUUAUUACCUGACUUCGAAAUUAGUAAUAUUCGUAUUUAAUGGGUGGUUAAUGGAAAUAAUUUAAAUAAAAUUCAAAUGCCAGACUGUCGCCAUUUUGUUAUGGUAAACAAAAACGAAUUUAAAAAAAUUGAAUCUCCAAAGAAUUCAUAAUUAUUGGCACUAUAAUAAUACUAACAUCUAAAUUGAGAAAUUGUUAGAAAGUGGUACUAAGCUUUCGAUCUAUGAUAAAUGGAUUUAUAACCGAAUUUCUAAUUUUAUCUAAAAUUGUAUCAUUCACUGAGCAUCGUUACGAUUAAAUGUGGUUGCUCUAUCGAAUUCAAAAUCGAUCCAGCAACGAUAGGCAUGCUGUCCAAGUGUGUCGAAGACACGCACAAAGUCUCGCAUAGUUUUCCUACCCUGAAGACAGCGCAGCAGUGGCCCUCGGAUUGCCAAACGCUUCAAAUUUUAUUUUUGGAGCGCCACCUGCGGACCUGUGUUAGACUUCGUGUGAUUCUGCACGUAUGUGAGCAUCGUUCUGGCACGUGCGAGCUUUCCGUGAACUUAUUAACAACCAAAACUCCUUUAUACCAUCGCGACAUCAUUGUGCUAGAAAUAUAACGCAACCUGCAUUGUUUCCGUCUUCAAAAAGCUGAACAUGAAGCUUUAGCGUGCAUUUAAUAGACACUUUAUAAUCAGAGGAAAACGGUUAUACGCAAAAUACAUAGUAAUUGAAACAUUGUUGAAUAGUUGAAGCAUUUCAGUUGGCUGACGGCAAGGAGCCAGCGUGUUUAAAAUAGUAAAUUAAAUAAAUAAAUUAUUGUCACGGAACACCUCGAACUGUUACGUUAACAUGAUAAAGUAAGACAACAUAUUUGUAUGUUAAAAUCAUAUGAUUUAAAGAUAAAAGUUAUUCUGAUUCGCGUGUAUUUAAUUAGAGAACAAAAAACUAUUUAACCCUUUAUGGCUCUUUUGUAACUUCCAGGUCAUACGAUAAUACAUCGACGUUUUACCAAAUAAUUAUAGGUUUUUCACAAGGUGACGUAAACGUCUUCAUUAUGCAGGGUGGGGCAGCUCAACUGUUACAAAGCGAUAAUGCCUAAACUAUCGUAGAUACAAACAAAUUGUGUUUUUAUAUGGAACCAUGGGAUUUUGUUUACAAAUCAUGAAAGCUGAGACGAAAUCCAUCAAUCUAUUAGCUAUAGGAACAGUAAACAUGGACAGCGAAAGAGUACAAAUUCGUGCUUUUAUUCUUUACGAAUUUAAACUUGGCAGUAAAGCAGCAAAUUUAGCAAGACGCAUUUGUAGCGUUUGUGGGGAAGGUGCUGUUAGUGAAAGAACCGCACAGAAAUGGUUUAAAAGGUUCAAAGAAGGAAAUGAAUCGGUAGAUGACGAACCGCGUUCAGGGCGUCCAUCUGUCAUCAAAGACGAAAAAUUCAUCGAGUACAUUGGGCAAAUGGAUACCGCACCGUUUAACGGAAGAGAACAAAUACUCCCGGCUGAGCAUUUGCAAUAUCCAUUUAUCGAUCGAAUUUUAACUUGUGAUGAAAAGUGGGUGGAAUAUGAUAAUGUACGAUGAUCACAUCACUGAGUUCAGAAGGGGUCAUGUGCAACAGGAACCAUACCAAAACCGAGUCUCCAUUCGAAGAAGGUGCUAAUCACUGUUUGGUGGACUACACGAGGUUAUCGUUUACGUUGAUUUUCUUCCACGUGGCAGACUAUUACUGCAGAUACUUAUUGCAAAGAAAUUGACGAAGUCAGUGAAAAAAUUGAUGAUAAAUGGUGAUUAUUUUGUUGAAUAAACCUAUGAUUUAAAACAGA